UGGGUCCGCGCAGCCGCGACGCAGGGUGGCGGGUACUGCGCACUUUUCGGUUGGCCAGCUCCGCUCCGGGAUCUCCUAGCAGACGGUCCCCGAGAUGAAGGGGGACCCGGGCGGGGGAGGAUAGAGCCGAGGCUGGAGAAUCGAUUGGCGUCUCCGCCCACCUUCCCGUUAACGCCUUCUGAAGGAUAGGUUGGAACGGCUCCUGGAUCCGAACUCGUUGAGGGCCAGGAGACAAAAUGUCAUCGCAUUUUUUGCCGAUAGCGCUGACUUCUGGAGAUAAAGCAAACGAUGACUCAGUCAAAAAGGAUGGGCCAUAUAAGAUCUUUUUCAAAGAUCUCUUUCUUUUCAAAGAAAAUGAAAUAGCAGCAAAGAAAAAGGAAAAAUUUAUGAACCGCAGCAUGAAAGUCCACCAAAAGUCUACUUUUUCAUCCCGAAUGAAGAGUCGUUCACAUCUGAGCCAAACAGUAUUCUACUCUGAGACAACUGGUGGCUCAUUUGAAAAAUUUGGGCUAGAUCCCACUCUUAUUCUCAGAUUAACAGAAGGUUCAGACACAAAAAGGACUAUCAACGAAUUUAUUACUGAUCAGAGAAACAGGUUUCUGCUUGAGUUUGCUUUGUUAACCAAAAGAAAUACAAUUAAAAGUCUUGAAGAACACAUAGCAACGAAGGAAAAGCAACUCAUGAAAGCAGAAAACAAGCUUCAAGAAGACGCAAUGGCCUUCGAAGAGUUCCUUCGAGAAAAUGACCAGAGAUCUGUAGAUGCUCUUAAAAUUGCAGCACAAGAAACUAUAAACAAACUCCAAAUGACAGCAGAACUAAAAAAGGCAAGUAUGGAGAUACAAGCAGUGAAAAGUGAAAUGGCAAAAACAGAAUUCCUCCUUAGAGAGUAUAUGAAAUAUGGAUUUUUUCUGCUGAAAUUGUCUCCAAAACAUUGGCAAAUCCAGCAAAAGAUGAAAAGGGUCCAGGUGUCAAAGAGUAAAGAAAAUAUGAAUGUCACUCUUCCAAAAAUAUUAACAAAACAAGAUACAAAGAAAAAAGAGGGCAAUAUUGAGGAGCCCAGGAGGACAUCAUUUUCAGAAGACUAUUCUCUGGGAAAAGCUAGCCAAGGAAAACCACACAAGAAGUCCACUCUCAUCCUAGAGAACAAGAAAUCAUCCUUAUCAAACCAAGCUGAAAGUAUCAGUUCAGAAGACAGUUUGGAAUUCUUUUUAGAUGAUGAUAUAGACUAUGACCUGGAGCCAGAGCUUUAUUUCAAAGAACCAGAAGAGUUACUUCAAGUCUUCACAGAGCUGGAAGAGCAGAAUCUUACUUUGGUACAAUAUUCCCAAGAUGUAGAUGAAAAUCUUGAAGAUGUAAAUAAAAGAGAAAAAUUUAUACAGGAUAAAAUAAAUAACAACAUAGAGUUUCUUUUGAAGCACAAGAAAAUGCUUCAAGCUAACUGUGUGAGAGAAGAGGAAAAAGCAGCAGAACUGGAAUUAAGGUCCAGGCUAUUUAGUUUUGGACAAUUUAAUUCAGAUGCCCAGAAGCAGGCAUGGGGGCAGCAUGCUACCCGGAGACCGACUUACUUGGCCCAGCAGUUUAUUGAGAUCCUCUUAACUGCGAAUGCCAGGUACAAAGAGGAGACAGAGAAUGAGAAUAUUCUUAAGGUACCAAAACACGUUACCUACAAGCUCGAGCAUCUCUACCAACAGUUAAGACGGAGCAGUGGCCAGGAAAAACUGAUAGAAUCUCUCAGCAAAAAAAUUAAUCAAGUAUACAAAGUCUGCAUUGGAGAUGGGGAGGUUGGCAGCCUCAACCCAGUUCAAAAACUGGUAAAAGUAGAGUCUCGCCUGGUGGAACUGAGUGAUCUCAUUGAAUCCAUUCCCAAAGAAAAUGUGGAGGCAAUUGAGAGGAUAAAACAGAAAGAACGGCGGCAAAAAUUGCGUGAAGAGAAACUUAAGGAAAAACAAAAACACCAGGAGGAAAGGCUAAAAGCUGCUCUGGAAAGAGCAGUAGCACAACCAAAGAAAAAGCUGGGGAGACGACUUGUCUAUCGCUCAAAACCUCCAUCUGGUAAUAAACAAGAACUAUUUUUAGUCAAGGAUACAAGAACAAAAUCACUAGAGGAAGAAUAUUUUUUCACUUGAAUAGGAGCAGUAAGACAUUUAUUAUCGGCAUAUUUUGUAGAUUUGGUUUUCAGUAAUGGCAAUAUUCUGCCCCAUAUGCUGGCCUAUCCAAUUUGAGGAAAACAGGCCCUUAUUCUAAAGGUUAUAGGAUUGGGAAUGUGAGUUAUUUCCUUUGUUGAAGUGUUUUAUUAUCAUAUCCUAAGUAUUAUUCUAUAUAGCUAAACAUUUGUAUCUAUACUUUGAGUUGUCCCAGUUGGGGAUAUCAAUCCAAAGUUACUUUACUGAUGUAACUAUAUGUUGAAUGGCCAUUAAAGUGUAAUAAUGGCAUUCUCUGACAACAUGAGACUUUAAAUGAUCUAUUUUUUUUUUCAACCAGUCCACAGGAAAGUUCAUAGUAUAUAUUUUAUCACUGUGGAGUAUACAUUUUAACAAUGUAUAAAAUAUCUAAAAGGUUUUGAGGAGUUUAAAACUUAAAUGAAAACUACUAGAUUAUGUUCUCAGAACAUAAGUGUAAGACUGGUUUGUAAUUCACAGUUAAGGAACUCUGCUCAGAAAACUUAAUUCUGUUAAGUGAACAAACCAUACGCCUUCAGCCCAAAUGUCAGUUCACAAUUUCUGUUGUACUCUAUAUCCACAAUCAUUAUUUCAGGUGAUGUUUCAAUUUUAGCUAUAAUAUGUACAUUAUUUAGCUUACAUUGAUAGAGAAUUAACAUGUAAUUUGUUGACUACUAAGUAAAAUAAUACGGUUUAUAUUAAUUCUAAGAAAAUAUUUAACUUUAUACAUGUCAAAAGUGGCUCAAAAGUAACAAAAA